AUGAAAUUUAAAGCACUCGGUGCCAAAAAAAAAGGGAGGAUGCAGGAGGAGGAUAAUAGAGGAGAAGAGCAUGAUAUGGCUGUUUUAUACAUCCUAUCGCAUAGCAAUGUAAACAGUGGCCGGAUAUACACACAGCGCCAUGUCGUAAAUGAUGCGCCCAGAGACAGUGUAACCCGUGCUCUUGCAACUAUUAAGUUUGUAAAGAAGAGAUUUGGUAGCUAG